CUCCCCCACGCUCAUCUGCUCCUCCCCUUCUCUGCCUCCAUGGCGUGGCCGCAGCAGGAGGCGAUCGACACCUUCAUCGGCAUCACCGGGGCCGACGAGGCCGUCGCCGUCCGCAAGCUCGAGGAACAUGCUGGUGACCUUAACCAGGCAGUCAAUUCGUACUUCAAUGAUGGAGCCGGCACAGCGAACACAAUCAAUCAAAGUAUUGGACCUGUUAAUCUUGAUGAUAUGGAGCUGGACGGACCACUUGAUAACGCGUUUCAAAGAUCUUUGUACCCUGAAGCUCUGCAUGACCCUUUUGCAUUGAUGGAUCCAAAUUUCCAGCAAAUGGUUUUUGACAGAGCUGGCUCAGCUGGUACUGCCAGUCAUGAUGCGCAAGGUUCACACCCUAUAGAGGCAACUGUCGAUGUUAAAGAUAGCAACAUUCAAACAGGUCCUUCUGGUCAGGCUUCUGUCAUUGAGAAUGUCACUGGGCAUGGGUCUUUGUAUGGCCCAGGAGGUCGUGAGACUAUCAUAAUUGAUGAUGACGAGGAUGAGUUGCCAUAUGGUCUAUCCUCUCAGCAUGCUAAUUUCCCUAGCAGUGCAUCGCAGCCAAACCCUCCUUUGCCAACUGCUCCUCCACUGGUUCAUGUGACAGACAAUGACAUAGAAGAGGAAAUGAUUCGGGCUGCAAUUGAAGCUUCAAAAAGAGAGGCUGAAGAGCUGGCAAAUACAGCAGAACAAGAACGGACUCAACAUCUUGAUGGAAUAAAUUUGGGAGAUCAUUCUUCUGAAGACAUGGAAACUGCAGGUUCAACAGUGGGAAGGCAAGAAUUAGUUACAGGAAUGGCUGGAACAUCGGCACAACUAACAGAUGGAGAGAGCUCACAAGAGGACACUGAGGAUGUUGAAGAAGAGCCAUUAGUUAGACGCCGUUCUAGGCGCAUCCCUUCUGGAGACACAGAGUCAAGGCAGCCUAUUGUCCCAGUUGAUAGCCCUCCCUCAAGUUCACAGCCUGAAAACAGUGAUCACCAGUAUAGCAGAACUGAUUUCCCAUCAGAGUGGGGUGGCAUUUCUUCUGAGGAACACGAUGAAGCUGUUAUGCUUGAGGCUGCAAUGUUUGGUGGAAUUCCAGAAGCACCAACAUAUCCAUUAUCUAUUCCAUCCCAUGCAAGCUCGAGUCAUUAUCCCCAAGUAGUGCAUUCUCCACCACCAGAAUUAACUGAACAACGGUUAUUACGAGAGCAGCAGGAUGACGAGUACCUGGCAUCACUCCAAGCUGAUCAAGAAAAGGAGAUGAAGACUCUACAAGAAGCUGAGCUGCGUCAGUUGCAAGAAACUGCUGCAAGAGAAUCUGCUCUUGAGAAACAAAAGCAAGAGGAGGAGGAAAGGCUUAAAAAGCAAAUCGAGAAAGAGGAGCUUGAGUCAAGUCUUGCCGCCAAACAAGCAUCCUUGCCAUCGGAGCCACCGUCAGACGCGGAAGGUGUUAUCACACUUGUAGUUCGCAUGCCUGAUGGUAGUCGACAGGGGCGUCGCUUUUUGAAAUCUGAUAAAUUUCAGUGCCUUUUUGAUUUCUUAGAUGUUGGGCGGACUUGCAGGCCAGGAACCUACAAGCUGGUACGGACUUAUCCCAGGCGCGCUUUCACCCCUGCUGAUGGCGACCAAUCUUUUAGUGAACUUGGGUUAACGAGCAAGCAGGAAGCUUUGUUCAUAGAGCAGAUCACCGAGUAGAAGCAAAGAUUUAGACACUGGUAGGGUUACCAUUUGAGAGUUGGUGCUUUACAUAUCUUUACUUGCAUAUGGCUUUUGGUAUACUACAGAGUCUAAUAUUGGUGUUAGGAAUCUGUGUCGUAGAGGUCAAAUGGUGCUCUUUUGCGGUCCAUGAUGGAUGCCACACUUUGAGCCUCCAGUUUUAUUAUGUAAUGCCACGGUAAUUAAAGCGUCAAAAACAGCACAGAUCCAGGAUAUGUAAUUCGUGUAGUUAAAUUGUUUGUUUCAGAGGUAGAAGGUGAAAAAAAUGCAAUCGUUUCUGC